AUGUCGAUUUUCUCCUCUUCUGAAGAGGACGAUGAGCGUUGCUCGCAGGCUAUAGACGACUUCCUAAAACCGUUUACUAUCGAUGACACUAAGCUGUACGAGCUUUCUUAUCGCCUGUCAAGGGUCUACCGGACACUUGCUUUGACGGGGGACGGCCACUUCUUCCCUACGCCCGUCACCCGUCUCCCCAGCGGCAGAGAGACCGGCGUCUAUCUUGCCGUCGAUGUCGGAGUGACAAAUCUAAGAGUCGCGUUUAUUGAGCUACUGGGCGGCUCGUCAGGUCAUCAUUUGCCCCAUACUGAUAGGGCCAUCUCUCAGGUGGUAUCCGAUCGAAGGGUUCGAAGGACAAUCGAAAAGGCAUGGCGUAUCGAGGAGCGCCUAAAAUAUGAUAAGGAAGAGGCUCUUUUUGGCUGGAUAGGGAGCUGCAUUGCCGAAGUUGUCGCAGACGAAUUGACGUCUAAUGUAUCGACUACUCAACUUCCGCGUGAGAUAGAGACUGGCAUAUCGUUCAGUCUGCCGAUCAGACAAACGUCGUUGGACGAAGCAACCCUGAUGCCGAUCGGUAAAGGGUUCACUAUUAAAUCCAACCUCAACCUUCGCAGGGCUGUCCUGGACGGCUAUGAGCGCCAUUCAUGUCGACAGGAUACAGGUCAACAACAGCCACACGCCAAACGACGGAAAACCUAUUCCCUCCCGGGCCUUAACAUCAUGGCCAUUACGAACGACACCGUGGCAACGCUGGUGUCGCUCGCUUAUUCGGUAAAGUCGUUGCCUAAUACUAGAGUCGCGAUGGGCAUCGUCGUCGGCUCUGGUUGCAACGCGACCAUACCCAUGAAACUUCAGGAUCUCCAUCAAACAAAGGCUCGCCAGAUACACUCAUAUAACCCAACGGCAACUGAAGGGGUUAUCAGCACCGAGUGGACGCUCCAAGGGACCGAGGGGCCGUUAAAGGAACUUGGGAUAAACACGAAAUGGGACGAUCGGUUAAACGCCAAUUCAGUAAGGCCCGGGUUCCAGCCUUUCGAAUAUAUGACAGGCGGCAGGUUCGUCGGGGAACUUAUUCGCAUCAUCGUCUACGAAUAUUUCACAUCCGUCAUGUCCUACUCAUCUGCCGUCCUGCCUUGUGCUCUUACCAAGCCCUACUCCCUAACAAUCGACUUUGUUUCCGACGUCAUUGCGACGUCACGAUCGGAUACCAGACUUGCUGCUCGGUUAACUCGCAAGCUUGCCUCACCGGUUAAAAAUAUAUGGGUUUGGACGCCGGCGUCAGCCCGCGUCUUGCGUGUCACCGCUUCAGCAGUACAAACUCGUUCUGCUUCGUUGAUCGCAGCAGCAUCUGUCGCCCUGCUGGCAUGCAAUCAUGAAAUCCGACUAGAGCGGCCGCCAAAGUGUACUUCGUUGCGCAAACUGCAUUCUGUUGCUUCUACAUAUCAGAAUCCGCUUCUAAUACCGACUCUUAGCUCAUCGGCUAACUGGCAGAGAGGGCCAGAAGAACUCGUUGUGGCUUACACUGGCGGCAUCAUCCAACACUAUCCCAACUUCAAGGAGUUAUGUCAAGGUUACAUUGACCGACUGCUGUUACGAGCUGGACCGCAGGAAGGAGGAAAGAGUAUCCUACUUCGAGAGGCGAGUGACGGAUCGAUCAUCGGAGCAGGUGUGUUGGCAGGGAUGAUAGCAACUACAUGA